AUGGUAACUCGCGGGAGCAUACUUCUAGCUUUUGGUUUAACGAAGUUUAUUCAAGCCUAUGAAGAUCCACAGCAUCGAUCCAUUGUGGUGGUACAGGAUAACUCUGUGAUUGUUUCAAAUGGGUUUGUGGGCAUUUCAACGGGAAUUCCAGAUUUAGCCGCCCAAGACCCUUUUGAUACAUCGUUUAAGACGUCUUAUGGUAAACCGUAUGAAGAGACGACGAAAAGUCAGGUGCCCGGGAUCAGCGACUUGGUGUAUGAGCGGUUGGUCUACUUCAGCAAGAUAUGUGCUCUGACGUACUGCAUUGAGAGGAACGAACUUGUUUGCUACAAAAGCUUUGCGGAGGGUGGAUGUCCGCCCAGACUCAAAUUUUGUUCCAACGAAGAGGACAAUUUUGGGAUCUGGCGCACAAGAGUUGAGCUGGUCCUUCUAGCUGAAAAGGGGGAGCUCGGCACGGGUUACAUUGCCGUGGAUCACGAAAGAAGGGUUGUUAUGCUAGCUUUUCGAGGCUCGUCUACGCGACAGGAUUGGCUCAGCGAUUUGCUAAUUUAUCCGGCCGAGUAUCUACCUUCGUCCAUCGAAUUUUACAAUGAAUGGGUUUCUACGGGGAAAAUAAAACCCUGUGACAAUUGCAUGGUUCACAGAGGAUUCCACAUCUUUCUGAAGACGCUCAGCGCGCAAUUUUUCGAUCAUGUAGAAUCGGUGUCUUUGAGCUUCCCAGAUUACAAGUUAGUGAUUACGGGGCAUUCACUUGGCGCAGCGCUGGCCACCCUUGCCGGUAUAGAGCUGAAGUUGCGCGGGUACGACCCGCUCGUCUUGACAUACGCCUCACCUCACAUUUUCAAUUACGAUCUCAGCGUCUGGGUCGACGAACUCUUUGGCACCCAUGACAUACACCAAAAUUCCAUGAAGUCUGGUUUGGUUGAAUUCACGAGAGGCUAUUUUAGGGUUAUUCACAUGCAAGACUACAUCACUAUGGUUCCACCGUUUUAUGAGCCUGCGGGUCUUGAGAUUUUUGUGAAGAAAUUACAUCUUCCGCACAAUAAAGAAGACGUUAUUUAUCGCGGUCCAAAAUUGCAUCGUGAAACUGAAACUGAUUUUCAAAGCGUCAGAGAAGACGUGGCCCUUACGGGUCACGGCCAAGGUCAUUCGAUCUUGGGACCAAUUGAGCAAUGGUUGCACAUGUACGAGCAUCGUGCAUAUUUCAUCUUAAUAAAUACCUGUGACGAUUUCUAG